CACGGUGACGUCAAAUGGUGUUUUGUUGACAUUUGUUCGUGAAAGACAACCGUGGAAGCCUACGGAUGGCUCUUGUAAACAGCUUUUAAGGUUGUUGCGUGGUUAUGCUGUUACAAAACAGUUACAUUAGUAAGAUAACCGUGUUUACAUAACGUGGACAAGACCGCUUUACCGAAUACUCUACAAAUAGGGUGUGCUUUGAGCAACUAAAAUCAAAAUAUAACGUAUGGUACGUCAGUGGAGCCGAAAUAGAACACAUCGAGCGGAGCUUGCUUGCUACUAGCUACUGUACUGGUAACACAAAACAACUGACGUUUGGACCGCUAGCUGUCUGACUACAUCAAGCUGAGAGGAAGUGAGAAUGUGAAGCACAAUGGCCAACUUAGAAGCCUACCAGGAGUAUCAACGAAUCGAGGACUUUGAGGAGGACUCACCACCUGGAGAGGAGGACUUGUUAGUGCAUGUGCCAGAGGGCCUGAAAGACUCAUGGCACCACAUCAAGAAUCUGGACAACUUCUUCACAAGAAUCUAUCAUUUCCAUCAAAAAAAUGGAUUUUCUUGUAUGAUGCUUUCUGAAUUCUUUGAACUUGUUCAGUUUCUUUUUGUCGUCACAUUCACAACGUUCCUCUUCAACUGUGUGGAGUAUGAUGUCCUGUUUGCCAACCGGGCCGUGAACCACACUGGGCCUGGCCAGAAUCCUUUGGACAGGAACAAGGUCUCCUUGCCCGAUGCCAUCCUACCCAGCCAGCAGUGCACUGAGAGGAUCCAGGAGAACAGCUGGAUCCUAUUCCUCCUCAUCAUGGCCGCCAUCUUUUGGAUCUAUCGGCUGGUCAAGGUGUUCUGUAACACUCUGAGCUACUGGGAGAUCCGGCAGUUCUACAUUAAAGCCCUGAAGAUUAGGAUGGACGACCUGUGUAACUUCACCUGGCAGGAGGUGCAGGACCGUCUGAUCAGCCUGCAGCGCGAGCAGCAGAUGUGCAUCCACAAGAAGGAGCUGACAGAGCUGGACAUCUACCACCGCAUCCUGCGCUUCAAGAACUACAUGGUGGCCAUGGUCAACAAGUCCCUCCUGCCUGUACAGCUGCAGCUCCCCCUGCUGGGCAACCUGGUGUUCCUCACCCAGGGCCUCAAAUACAACUUUGAGCUCAUCCUCUUCUGGGGGCCCGGCUCGCUGUUUCAGAACAAGUGGAACCUCCACCCCAAGUACAAGCGGGCAGGGAACCGUCUCGAGCUGGCCCAGAAGCUGAGCCGGGUCAUCCUGCUCAUGGGCCUGGCCAACCUCCUGCUCUGCCCCUUCAUCCUGGUUUGGCAGGUGCUUUACGCCUUCUUCAGCUACACCGAGGUGAUCCGGCGUGAGCCCGGCAGCCUGGGCGCCCGCCGCUGGUCCCUGUACGGGCGCCUCUACCUGCGGCACUUCAACGAGCUGGACCACGAGCUCCACGGUCGGCUGGGCCGCGGCUACAAGCCCACGUCCAAGUACAUGAACUCCUUCAGCUCGCCGCUGCUAGCCGUGCUGGCCAAGAACGUGGCCUUCUUCUCGGGCUCGGUGCUGGCCGUGCUCAUCGCCCUGACGGUGUACGACGAGGACGUGCUGACCGUGCAGCACAUCCUGACCGCCAUCACCGUGCUGGGCGUGGUCGUCACCGUCACCAGGUCCUUCAUUCCAGAUGAGCAUAUGGUGUGGUGUCCAGAGCAGCUGUUGCAGUGCGUGCUGGCACACAUCCACUACAUGCCAGACCACUGGAGGGGCACGGCUAACAAGAGUGAAACCAGGGACGAGGUGGCCCAGCUGCUUCAGUACAAAGCGGUGUUCAUCCUGGAGGAGCUGCUCAGUCCCAUCGUCACACCCUUCAUCCUCAUCUUCAUCUUGAGGAACAGGUCCCUGGAGAUCAUCGACUUCUUCCGGAACUUCACUGUGGAGGUGGUGGGCGUGGGCGACAUCUGCUCCUUCGCGCAGAUGGACAUCCGCCGCCACGGCAACCCAAUGUGGAUGUCUGAGGGCCAGACGGAGGCCUCGGUCUACCAACAGGCGGAGAACGGCAAGACAGAGCUGUCUCUCAUGCACUUCACCAUCAAGAACCCUCGCUGGCAGCCCCCCCAGGAGAGCUCGGUGUUCAUCAGCCACCUGAAGGAGAAGGUGCACCACGACGCCCAGACGGGGCCCCCAGCCCAGCUGCUGCUCUCAGAGGCCCCCCUCUGCGCCUCCCUGCUCUCCAACGACUCGGCCUCCGCUCCUGACAACCUGCUGGCCAGCGUCCUGGCUCACCCUGUCCUGACGGCGUCGGGUCUGCCGGGGCGAGACCGCCGCUUCCUCCCCCCCAGCACGGCCGCCUCAGCCGCCGCCAGCGUCCUGGCCUCGCUGUCCGGCUCCCAGCUCCCGCACGCUGGCCGCAGCCGCUCGCACGUCCAUCUGGCCUCCACCAACCCGGACGGCCCCAUGUACCGCAGCGACCGCACCUUUAUCGACAGGAACUCUCCCCUCAGCAUGUCGGCCAGCGACUCCCGUGUCCACAACACCCCGCUGCUCACAGAGUUCGCCUCCGCCGAGAUGAGCCUUCACGCCAUCUACAUGCACGAGGUCCACCAGCAGAGCGCCCUGCCCCAGAGGGCAUCUGGCCAGUGGCAGAACCUCGUCCCCAUGAAGGAUCUAAACACUACCACUGGUGCUCAUGCUGUGAGCUUGUCCAUGCCCACUCCUCUGCGUCUGGGCGGCUGGACCGAGGAAGAGGAGGAGGACGAAGGAGAAGAGGAGAUCAACAGCGGGUCGACUCCUAAAGAGGACGCUAAAAGUAGCUGCUAGAGUGCCUUACGUCACGAGUGUUUACACUUUUCUUUCUCAAUGAACAUUGUGGCCUUAGAUGAUCGGUUUGGAGAGUUUUGAAUUGGACCUUAUGGACAUCGCUCAGUCGGUGGAGCUCAUUGGAUAAGCCGCCGUCUCCGCCCCUCCAUGCCUCUCUCCUCUCACAUCAGGAGGGAUGUGACGUCAGGGAAACCAAGUCUUCCGUCACUCUCCUCGUCAUCCUUUUGUUAUAAAUGUAUAUAUGGUGUGCGUGUGUGCCUGCGUAAACGUGUGAAAGAGAACUGUUGUCGACAAUAUUUUUUUCUCUCCUUUUUCGUUUGAUACUUGAGGAAAAUGGGUGGCGUCGCUCCAAACGUGGGUAUGGUCGACCAUGACUCGUCGGCAACUCAGAAGGCAGAACACAGAAUUCUUGCAGGGUAGUCGUUAGUGAAAGGCAAGCAGCGAAACCAUCACAACUUUUGUCGCGUUAGGUUUUGCAUGUCGAAGAAUGGCGUCAUGAGAACACGUUCACUUGUUUGGGGGCGGAAACAUGUUACUUGGUGCUGAAAACACUACAUGGUAGUGUGUUAUAGCUGCCUGACCAUUUCAGCGACAAGAACAGUAGGAUUGCAACCCUCAACACAGUCAUAUUUAGGCCCUCAUUGAUUAUAAAUAUACUUCCACGUCUUACCUCUACGAAUAGUAGAGUUUUAGUGAUGCUGUCUGUGUUUAAUAGACAAAUCAAAGUACUGAGGUGAUGUGUACCUUGGUAACGCUAGGUGCAUCGCUAGGUGCGUCGCUAGGAGGACAACGUGAGAACCUGACGAAAGCCUCCAGGGGCUAGAUCAAAAACACCUGUGGAAAAACGAAACGUCCUUGGGAACAUUGAAAGCUGCUGUCUGUCAGUUUUUAUUGACCAUCCAUAUUUUAAUUUCAGUAUUUAUUUCCAUUUUCUUCUCCUUUGACCUCGAUUUUUCUUUUCUUCCAUUACAGAUACAUUUUUCCCCCCAUCUGUGCUCACUUUAAAGCCAUCAAUACAUCUUAGAGUUAAGGACAAGCGUUGUGGACAGGUUGUCACAGGAAUGUUUAGGUUGAUUGGUUGAACAAUGUGUGAAUUGUGUGCGCCUUUUUAUGUGUCUCCAAUCUUCGAAGGCACACUCAAAAUGUAUAAAACAAGGGCUGUUGCCACAGCAUGCUUUGCAUCUUUACAUGGAGGUUGUUUAAUUUAAUAACAAUUAAUCCUGUACCAGUAUUUCCUUUUUUAUAUAACAGAACGAUCUUGACAAUGACUGUCACUUCCUUUAAGUUUAGUUUGAGAUUUUCUGCCCCAUAAAUUAUUUAACAUAUUUCAUAUACCAAAUUACCCCUCCCUCCAAAAGAAAAUAAAUUAAGUAAAAAAAAAAAAUCCUGCUAGAAUGUAGGCCUACUAUUCAGUAAACACAUUUUCUUUCUUGAAAGAAAAGAAAUCGUCUCCACAUUUUCACCCUCUCCUUAAAGCAUUGCAUUAGUGUAAGCAUGAACUAACAAAGUUCCCACGGUAUGUUUUACAGCAGUACUUUCCUUUGAAAUCAAUGCAGUGAAAAUGAGCCUAUGCACAAGGGAGAGGAUUUAAAGAUGCUUACAUUAAGAGUAAACAACUGCAGUUCUUUGGGAUACAGCCCCACCUAGUGGUUUCAGAAGUGCAUCUCGCUGAGGACAAAUAACUGCAUGGCAAUGCUGAAUGUAGCCUACCCCAUAAAGUAAUAUAAUGUAUCAUAGUGACUGUAACCAUAUUGGCUUGAGACGUAACACCAUCAUCUUAAACACUGCUAUUCCUAUGGAUGGAAUACAUUUAGGUAUUAGUCGCACAACUCACCACCCCUAUAAGACCUCAAAAGUCUCAGACAUCAGCACCCUCUCACCCAUUUGUAGGUAGCUGACUAUUUUCUAUUAUGUGUUUGUAAGGGGGAAAAAAACAUGUCUAUUUAUGCUAAGCUAACAUUAACUCUACGUUGCACUGACAAAAACAUUAACUGAUGUCGCAUAAGUGCAUCAACUACAUUUGAAGUGCAGCGGUCUCAAAGGAACUUUGUGUAUUUCACCAUCCUGACCAGCUUCUCUCACUUUAUGUACAUAAGCAUAGCAUCACCAUGUCUAGUAUUGUUGUUGUCCACAGUGCGGCCACUUGGAAGCACUGUGGCCAAUCACACACCUGGUUGCUGUUACCUCUGGUCAGUAAAGGUUUACCCUAUUGGGAGAAAGGUUGGUGUCAUGUCAGUGGAUAUAUAUGCUACAUGGGCAUCACUGUUCAUUUGUCGUCACUGAUGUUUUGCUGAUGCCAUGAGAUUUUGGUUAUGGAGAUGUGGCAGCUCGAUCAUUAUCCCCCCCACCUCCCAGGAAGUUCUUGCCCUUUGCCAGUUUCCAUAUCGAAAUCUCAAUGCCUCAUAUCUCUUUCUUUUUUAACUUUUAUUUUGAGCCGUGCCUUAGGUUUAGACGUAGUUCCUCUUAAAAACAAUUUCAUGUCAACCAUCAAAUCUUGUUUAACUGUAUUCUUAGCUGCACAUAUGUAUAGUAUUUAUAUUUGGCAGGUUUAUGUUUGGCACCAAGUGAACAGUGGAGUUGUAUUUUACUAUCGUGGAUUAGGCUUGUGUAUUUUAACAUCAAUUGCAGUAGACAGGUGUGAAACAUCAUCUACUGUACGUGACUUGUUGUUUUGCACUUGUCUUCCAUGAGGAAGCAGUUCUUGGGAGCAUGUACAUUCAAUACCUUUUUUAACUGGUGUUGAUUAGAUGACUCCUAUCACAUAACCCUCCCAAUAUCACAGCUUGUUAUCCCCUAUCCACCAGUCCAAGAGUCAUAUUGACUGGUACAAGGUGCUACGUUUUCAUAUUCUAGUGUUGAAAGUUUUUUUUUUUUUGCUUGGUAAUUUAAGAACUAGCUGGAAAUGCCAAAAUAUAUUGUUUUCAUCACAGCUUUACAGUAAACAUUUAAUUUGUUUUCGGAAUAGUUAAUAUAGGUAAAUGAUUCUUAUUUUGUGUGUAAUCUUUUAAGUGUGUCCCAAGAUGUCAUGUUCUUGAUUUGAAAUAAAAAAAAUUACGAUCAUUCA